UCCGAGAGUCGCGUUGGCGUUUUCUAAACAGAGACAGACAUUUCGAUGAAGACAGUCCAGGUCAGAAGAUGUGGCGACUGUAACUGAAUCUGGAGCCAGACACACGGAUUGGACAUGCCCAGGUUGUUCUACCAUGGACACAGACAUGAUACCAACAUUCACUUCAAAAGACCAGGAGAUUGACUACUGGAAGGCCUUAUCCCUCAAGUAUAAGAACAGUUACCAUGAGGCGCAGGAGGAGCUGCUGGAGUUCCAGGAAGGGAGCACAGAGCUGGAGGCAGAGUUAGAGGCCCAGCUGGUGUUCCAGGACCUGCACAGCAAAGACUGGAGGCAGGACAACCUCAAGGAGAAGUUGGAGCAGCAGUAUUCUCAGAGCUAUAAGCAGGUCUCCAUGUUAGAGGAUGACCUGGGACAGACCAGAGGAAUCAAGGAACAGCUUCAUAAAUACGUCAGAGAACUGGAGCAGGCCAACGAUGACCUGGAGAGAGCCAAGAGGACGACCAUCGUAUCUCUGGAGGACUUUGAGGGUCGUCUGAACCAGGCCAUAGAGAGGAAUGCCUUCCUGGAGAGUGAGCUGGAUGAGAAGGAGUCUCUACUGGUCUCAGUACAGCGACUAAAGGAUGAAGCCAGAGACCUGAGACAGGAGAUGGUGGUGAGGGAGAGGACUGCAGACAGAAUGUCAGCCCCCAGCUCUCCUACCCUGGACAUGGACAAGAUGGACUCUGCUGUCCAGGCCUCCCUGUCCCUGCCUGUCACCCCUGUAGGGAAGGGCAUGGAACACCCGUUCAUCAACCCUAAAUCAUCAGUGUUAACAAAUGGCUGUGGGCCUGGCGGCUCACCUCUGACCCCAUCAGCAAGAAUCUCUGCUCUUAAUAUCGUUGGGGACCUUCUUAGAAAAGUGGGGGCGCUGGAGUCCAAGCUAGCUGCAUGUAGGAACUUUGCCAAGGACCAGGCGGUGAGGAAAACCUACUCCACGUCGUCCAGCAACAUGAUCACUGGGAACGGAAACAUCAUCAACAGCAACGCCACCAAGUUCUCUCACUCACUACACACCACCUACUACGACAAAACGGCUGUGAAUGGACUGGACCCCAGCACCCUGAGUGCCCUGGCGUCGCCCCGGACUGUCUCCCCUCCUGGCAUGCUGCCUCUCACCGUUUAGCAUGGCCCCCACCUCUGUACAAGCUCCCCGCAGAACAAGGUUACCCUCAUCCUUCACCCCAAACCCCCCCCCCCACACCAAAUCUCUGUACAACUCCCCGCAGAACAAGGUUACCCUCAUCCUUCACCCCAAACCCCCCCCCACACCAAAUCUCUGUACAAGCUCCCCGCAGAACAAGGUUACCCUCAUCCUUCACCCCAAACCCCCCCCCCACACCAAAUCUCUGUACAACUCCUGUGCGCCCCGCAGAACACUGAGAGGAGAGAACACUUGAAGAACCGUUACUGUGUGUGUGUGUGUGUGUGUGUGUGUGUGUGUGGAGAGACACUUGACUGAAUGCUUGAAAAGGCCUCACUCACCUAUGAGUGGGUGGGGUUGGAUGCUGGGUGUGUUUGUGUGUAUUUAACAUACAGGCACAUGCCUCUGCCUGAGCUGUUCUUUGCUCAUGUGGAUGAUGUGUUGGUGACCUCUGUGCUCUGGAGUGUCUCCAUUUUGGCUCCAUCAGUUUAUCAGUUUCACUCUAUAACAGCUAUAUAACAGCAACUGUACCUGACAAAGGUCCCCAACGGACUGCAGCUUCCUUCCUCGUAACCUUUUAUUUACUUCUCUGAAUGAAUUGCACAAUUACAAAUAAUUUAUAUUUACAAUGUUGUAUUUAAAAAAAUGAAAGGGGACUUUUUGCAAAGUGAGAUGAUUUCAUCAUUACUGUAUGUAUGCUUUAAGAUGCAAUAUUUCCUGUUUGUUUGUGUGUUAUGUUAUGGGGUCAGAUGGAGUUGAUGACCCUUAACCUCCAUGUACCGAAGAAUGACUGAAUUAAUGUUUACUGUGUUCAGGCUGUGAUCAGAACCAUG